UAAAAAUAUAGAUACUUGUAGUGUAAGAAGAAAUGAAAAUAUGAAAGGUAAUACUUGAUAGAGAAGAAACAAAUGUGAUGGUUAAAUAGAAUUAUUAAUUAUAACAAUAAUAAUCUUAAAAUUUUUUUAAAUCUUAAAAAUCACAGGAAAAUGGACCGAAGUCAUCAACAACAAGAGGCAACAUCUGGUUCUCCUGAAGACUCUGUUUAUUCUGGUUAUUCUUCUCCAAAUCCUAUAAGACAAGAAAAUUCUUUUUCAGCAGGAACGUCUCAAUACCCUACGUAUCAGUCUUUUUCACCUUAUAUUCCUCAAGUGGUUCAAUUUCCUCCAACACCACAACAACCUCAAUUUCCUAAUACAUCUCAACCUCAAUUUACUGAUCAAGCUUAUACUCCUUUACAUCGUAGAAAGAGAAAAUUUCAAAACAUUACAUAUGAAAAACUACUUUCAGAAGAGGAUUUAGCUUCAAUGACAGUUGAAGAAUUUGAAGAUUAUGUAAAUGAACUUAAAGAUCGAAGGACAAUAACUAAAACUGAAAAGGCUACAUUAAAUAAAAUUAAAAGAAAACUAAAAAAUAAAGAAAGUGCUCGUAAAAGUAGACAGAAAAGUAAAGAAGCUUUUGUCAACCUUCAACAACAAUUAGAUGAAUUAAAAAAACAAUAUGAUGAUGUUCUACGAAUUAAUUGUCAAUUAAUUGAAAUAGCUGAUGGGUGUGAAAGGUGUAGGCAAAGAAUAAGACAAGUCCAACAACCGCCAUUAGAUCCAGGACAAGCUAAUGCACAACCACCUCAUCAACAAUGUCAACCAAUGUUUCCACAUGCUUAGUUUUAAAUCAAAUUUAUAACUGAUUUUUUUUGUAU